AUGUGCUCUGUAAUGGACCCAAGAUUCAUUCUCAACUCUUCAAUCGAUUACUUGUCCAGACUCAGAAUGUCAUCAACAGCUGUAAGCACCUUGAAAAUCCUCAUCACAGGUGGAGCCCGUGGUAUUGGUCGCGGUCUUUUCCGCCAGUUUUUGGCUAGAGGUCAUCGAGUAAUCAUCCUUGAUUCGAACAUCGAAGAGCUGGAGCAUGUCAAAACGCAAGCUGGGAAAUGGUCAAGCGCGCAAGGAAGUUGGCAUGCACUGCAAUGUGACCUGAGCAAGCGAGAGCAGAUCAAGGAUGCAGUUCGGGCGGUAAAAGAAACGUUUGAUGGAAAAUUGGACGUAUUGAUCAACAAUGCAUUCCCAACAACUCUCCAAAUCGCGGAAGACCGAGCCAUGGAAGGACAAAGCGAUGACAUUGAGCAGGAAUGGGACCUCAAGAUCGCCAUUGGCCUGACGGCGCCUUUCAUUCUCAGUCGUCUUUGCGUCCCUCUCCUUCUGGCUGGCAGCUCAACACCAGACUCGCCAGGCACCAUUAUCAACGUUUCUUCGACACGAGAAUAUCAAGCUGAAGUAGAUCACGAGGCGUAUUCCACGGCGAAGGCGGGCAUCCUGGGUCUGACACAAUCAAUGUCAAUAUCUCUUGGACACCGCCACAACAUUCGUGUGAACGCGAUUAUCCCGGGCUGGAUCCAUGUCGAGAACGAGAGCAAAGCUGGUGAUGAGAAGGGCGCUGCCUGGGAAGAGGGUCUCAGCAAAGAAGACGUCGCAUGGCAUCCGGCAGGCAGAGUCGGCAAGAGUGAAGAUAUUUCCAGGGCUGUGGAGUACCUUAUUGAAAGCGGGUUUGUCACGGGCCAGGAGGUCGUAGUCGAUGGCGGAGUGGGCAGGAAGAUGGUAUACCCAGAAUAA